AUGAGUGACGGGAAAGAUGAAGAUGAAGCAAUCUCCAAAGGAACCAGACCGUCCUCCAUCAAGUUUCAUAUGCUAAGUUCUUCAAACUACACAGUAUGGGCUAUGCGGAUGAAUAUUGCUCUCAAGGUUAACAAAGUUUGGGAAGUCAUUGACCCGGGAACCAAACACGAAGAGAAGAAUAACUUGGCAAUAGCCUUGUUGUUUCAAUCAAUCCCCGAGGCCUUGACAUUACAAGUUGGUGACCUUGAUACAGGAAAAGCAGUAUGGGAAGCCAUUAAAGCGAGGCAUGUUGGAGAUGAACGUGUGAGAGAGGCGAGACUGCAGACAUUGAUGGCGGAUUUUGAUAGACUAAAGAUGAAGUACACUAACACGAUUGAUACUUUUGUUGGAAAAUUAUCUGAAAUCUCCUCAAAAUUUGCAUCGUUGGGGGAAAUAUUAGAAGAACCAAAGCUCGUGAAGAAGUUCUUAAAGAGCUUACCAAGAAAAAAAUAUAUUCACAUUGUAGCAUCUCUUGAGCCUCUUGAUUUGAAUACGACUAGCUUUGAAGAUAUCAUAGGGAGAUUGAAAGCUUACGAAGAAAGGAUAUGUGAAGAAGAAGAAGAACAAACUGAUGAUCAAGAAAAACUAAUGUAUGUCAACUCCACGACAGAAUCUCACCAAAAGAGUUAUGGCGGUAACAGAGGAAGAGGACGUGGAGGACGAAACAGAUGGAGAGGAAGAGGCCAAGGACGCUACAGCAACUUCCAUGCGCAGAGAGAAGCUUACAGACAAGGUCAAAACAUAGAUACAUCGCAUAUAACUUGCUUUAGAUGCGAUAAGCUUGGACAUUAUGUGCAAGACUUUCCCGACAGAUUGCUUAAGCUUCAAGAAACGACGGAGAAGAAGGAUGAAGAAACUCAAGAAGCUGAUGAAUUGAUGAUGCAUGAAGUGGUUUAA